AUGAGUUGAAGUUUUGUAUCUGUCAUAAAAGCGCUAACCUAAAAUCUUCGUUACAAAGCAUUUCUUGUUUUUCGCGAAAAUAACGCAAAAUGGAGUGUUUAAUUGGGAUUCAAUUUAAAGAUUAUGUUCUUAUUGCUGCCGAUAAAACCAACGCUCAUAGCAUUAUUGUUAUGAAGACAGAUGAAAACAAAUUGUAUAAACUGUCAAACAAGUUGGUUAUGGCUGUAUCUGGCGAAUCUGGUGAUACCACUCAGUUUGCCGAGUAUAUUUCCAAAAAUAUUCAGCUUUAUAAAAUGAGAAAUACUUAUGAGUUGAGUCCACUUGAAGCUGCUAACUUUACAAGGAGAAAUCUUGCAGAUGCUUUACGUAGUAGAUCCCCAUAUCAUGUAAAUCUACUUUUGGCUGGUUACGAUGAAAUCCGGGGCCCCCAGCUAUACUACAUGGAUUAUUUGGCAUCCAUGGCUAAAGUAAAGUAUGCUGCUCAUGGUUAUGGUGGUUAUUUCUCACUUUCCAUCAUGGACCGUAAUUAUUUAGAAAAUCUGUCUUUGGAACAGGGUUACGAUGUUAUGAAGAAAUGUGUACAAGAAGUACACAAAAGGCUUGCAAUUAACUUGCCAAACUUUAAGGUGCAAGUUAUUGAUAAGAAUGGUAUAAGGGAUUUGGAAGAUAUUACAAUGGAGAGUUUGAAAGCUUGAUUUUUUUAUGUAAUGUAAGGUUUUACUAAGUUAAAUACAAAUAUUUCUUAAUA